GUUCUGACAAGCGAGUAACCCGUUAUCAGCACCAGACCACUGCUCUUCAGCUUCUCCAUCUUGAUGGGUAUUGCAGAAUGUAAGAGAAGAAUUUGCUGAUAAAACCGUCUAAUGAACAGACAGGAACUUUGUGCAAAUUUCCCCGGUGAUCCCUACGUUCUCUAUGGAAGAAUUUCAUCAGCUGUCCGACUCGCUCAUCACCCACCUUCCAGAGGGCUGGAGACCAGGUCAUAGCUUGCGAGAGACCAUCCUACUCCUGCUAUGGGUGUUGACAAUAUGGAGCACCGGGAUAACUGUAAAAAACAGGAUAUACCAAUGGACUAAAAAGAAAGUUGCAAGACUAUCUGCAGAAAGAAACGCUGCCAUGAAUGAAAUUUUAGAUCUGCAGAAAAAGAAAGAAGACCUUGAAGACCAUUUCAAGAGCAUGCAGAACACCAUAACCUCCAUCAUUAUGGACAACAGGCUUCUUAAAGAAUCGUGCAAGGCGUACGAGGAGAGAACUUUGGCUUCAGAUAAGCUGAAUCGUGGAUUGAAGAUCAUCAUGGAGAACAAGGUGAAAGACCUGGAAACAGAGGCAGAAAUCCUGAAAAACAGCCUGAAGAUGACUGCCAAACGGCUGCAACAGAGGGAGGGCUUUCUACAGCAGAAACUUGUUCAGGAGAAGAUGAUUCGUCAGGAGUCAGAAGAAAAACUGAACUCAGAAUUUAAAGCUUCUGAACAGAAGAUAAAGAAAAUGAACACGGAACAUGAAGAAAAAGAGAGUUCAUACAAGAACCAGUUUGAGCUACUCAAAAAAUGUUUGACUGACAUGACAACACUGCUGCACUCCACUAAAUUUGAACAUGAGAUGCUGAAGGAAUCCAGCAAGGCCUUCCAGGCAAUGGCCGUGAAUUCGGCUAAGGAAAUCUUUAGGGUCAAGACAAUCGUUGAAGAGGAGCGUAGCGCACACCACGAAGAGAUGAACGCCCUCAAGACCCAGCUAAACAUGGUCACCAUUCAGGCGCAGGAAACGGAGACCACUUUACAGAACACACUUGCUCAGGAGAAGGCCCUCCUCCAGGAGACAGAGGCCAAAUUAAAGGAAACUGAUUUGGAUUGGGAAGAGAAACAGGGAUCAGACAAGGCUCAGAUCAAGGAACUGUUAGAACAUCUGGCAAGCACACAAAAAAUAGCAUCCUCUGCCAAAUCGGAAAAUGAAGGGCUGAAGGAGUCUUGCAAGGCCUUCCAGCAAAUGGUGAAAGAUUCGACCGAGGAGAUGCUUGGGCUGAAGGAGAACACCAUGCAGGAGCAUAGCAUCCAUCAGAAUGAGAUUGAGACCCUCCAGAAGAAGCUUGAGACAAUGACCAUUAAGAUGGAUGAGAAGGAGACCGCUUUACUGCAGAAACUGGCUGAAGAAGAGGCCAGAACAGCCCAAGUGAAUGGGAAAUUCGUAGCGUAUAAAGACGACUUAAUCAAAGUCACUAAAGAGCGCCAACAUUUUCUGAAGAAUGAGAUUAGACAUUUUCAGGGCAGAGCACAGGAUAAUUUGAUGGCUUAUCGAGACGCUAAGAAUCAGCUAGCCAGGGAAAGGAGAAAGACAGCAGAUCUGCAGAGAAGACUGGAUGCACUGAAUGAAAAGUUGGCUCUAGAUGCCACUGCUCAGGGAGGUGUUCAGUAUAAUUCAGAAAGAUCGACAGUGGAUCGAUACCGCCAAGAGAGACAGCCAGCCUUCAGAGCCCGUAGAGGGAAUCAGAAAUAUUUUUAUUAAAAUGAUUAAGAAAGUGAAUAUUUGUUAUUGUGAUUAUCACUAUCCUGCAGUAAUAGAAGAGAAAAAUGUACUUCAAGAGUGAAAUACCAUUAGGUUUAGGUAAACAUGGCAAAUGUUUCUGGUUGUUAAGGAUUCUGGUUUUAAUAUAAAGUGAA